AUGUACGCAGCUCUCAAGAAAAGCAGCAAGGACAGCACCUCCUCCGACCACUUGCCUCUACCAGACUACCAUGACGAGCAUUGCUCUAAGACCCAGCGUCUUCUGGAAGAGGAGGAAGAGGCCUGCUACAUCGACCGCCCUCCCCGGCGACCCUUCUCCUUCUUCCGAUGGCAGAGCCUCUGCUUCCACUUCCUGCUUGCCUCGCUCUACGGCGCAGCUUUCUUGAUCGCGACCUCCAAGUCAAGGGAGUGGCCAGUGUCUAAGCCAGCGCAUUUGAUUGAUUCCCCCCUCCACGAAGCCAUCCACAUGGAACGCAAGACCGUCUACGCCGCGAUCGACAGCAAGAACCCGUUCAAGGGCGCCCCCUCCGAGGAACUCGACCACGCGUGGCACCAGCUGUUCGUCAACUCCAAUAUCCGGGUCACCGCCGAGGAUCUGGCCCGGAUCAAUCGCACCUCGGUGCCGAUCAAUGAUGAGAAGGGGGGGUAUUAUGCGAUCCCGGCCAGUGUGCAGAAAUUCCUGCGGCAGGUGGUCUAUCAGAAUUACUACCAUAUCGGGAAACCGACGACUCCGGUUCAUAUUGAGCACUGCGUCGACAACCUCCGCCAGAACAUCAUGUGCAAAGCCGACGUGGCCCUGCUCACCUUCACCUGGGAUCCGAAUGACCGCGCCCCGAAGCCCAACUUUGUGGUCGAUCAUGAGUGUGCGAACUGGGACAUGGUGGACAAUUGGGCUAAGGAGCAUGCGUUUGAUAUCUUCGAUGAGACGACGCUGGUGCAUCCGACUUUGGGUCCCUCGUUUCCGGAGAAAGAGUACAAGGCUACCGGGAAGAUUCCGGGGCAUCCGGAUUUUCAUCCGAAUGAGUAUCAUGGGGGUGAGAUGCAUCAUCAUCAUGAUGGUGCUUAG